AGCGGAAGUGGUACUGCCCUGAACGAUACGCUGAGCGAGACGGAGGACGGAGGCUGAAUCGUCCAGAGAGAGAAAAAAAAGCAGGAUUAAAAGCCGCCAAUAUUUCUAGAAAAUGGAUAAGAACGACCUGGUACAGAAGGCCAAGCUUGCUGAGCAGGCUGAGCGCUACGAUGACAUGGCCGCAGCCAUGAAGUCGGUGACAGAGCAAGGUGCAGAGCUGUCAAACGAGGAGCGCAACCUUCUCUCUGUUGCCUACAAGAAUGUGGUAGGAGCACGUCGCUCAUCCUGGCGCGUUAUCUCCAGCAUUGAGCAGAAGACUGAAGGCAAUGACAAAAAACAGCAGAUGGCACGUGAAUACAGGGAGAAGAUUGAAUCUGAGCUGCAGGAAAUCUGCCACGAUGUGCUCGGCCUACUGGACAACUAUCUCAUUGCCAAUGCAUCUGCUGCUGAAAGCAAGGUGUUCUACCUGAAAAUGAAAGGCGACUAUUAUAGAUACCUGUCUGAGGUUGCAUCUGGGGAUACUAAGAAGGACACGGUGGAGAAUUCCCAGCAGGCGUACCAGCAAGCUUUUGACAUUAGCAAGGGAGAGAUGCAGCCAACACACCCCAUUAGGCUUGGCCUGGCCCUCAACUUCUCAGUCUUCUACUAUGAAAUCCUCAACAACCCGGACAAGGCCUGCAGCCUGGCUAAGACGGCAUUUGAUGAAGCCAUCGCUGAACUUGACACUUUGAACGAGGAUUCUUACAAAGACAGCACCCUGAUCAUGCAACUACUAAGGGACAACCUGACUCUGUGGACAUCAGAAAACCAGGCAGAUGAGGGAGAGACCGGAGAUGGGGAAAACUAAUGGAAUUGCACUGUUAAUCCACCUACACUCUUAUCUUAAACACAGACAGCUUAUAUACAUCCCCCUCCACUCCAUCAGCCCCUCCCACUUCUGUAUGACAAGCAGCCUGAAUUGCUCCUGACCAACUAGUUUACCCCUCUCAGUUCACUGUGAGGUGACAGGGUAAUUUUCAGUUGUUAGCAGAUUCAGUCACUUUGUGGAAACAUGUUGUAUUGAUUAGUGAGUCCAUGUUGCUGUUGUUUUUGUCAGCUUUGUGCGUCUGUAUGUAGUGAAUGAGCAAGUGUGAAUGGAUAUGAAAGAUUGUGCGUAUGGUCUGGGGGGGGAGGGGGGUGUUGUGAAUUCUAAUCGUCCUUCCAGAUUCCUUUGUCCCAGCUAGUUUGUUGUGCAUUUCUCAUCCCUUUUUUGUUACUUUUCUUAUUUGUGAUUCCUCAUGAUAUUUACAGGUUUUAUUGUAUGGUAAUUAAACUGGCAGUUGAUUUCCACCAAACACUGUGAUGGUAGGCGUUCCAUUUGCUUCACAACCCCAAAACAGUUUUGUGUUUGAAUUUCCAGACACACGUACAAUCCUGUAUUCAACUAACUGCAAUUCUGCUGUGGGCUCAUACAGAAAGGAGGCAGGCUGUAUUGUGACACUGACAUCUUGGUGUAAUGCUCCUUGAUCAUGUUCACAAAUUCACAGUUUCAAAGUUCUAAGGGACCCCUUAAAUUGUCAUGUUAGAUUUGUUCAGAUAUAAGACAUUCCACAUUAUUAGGCUUUUGGAAAGGCAGUGCGCCUUUUUUUGUUUCUUUUUUUUUUUUUUGAACUAAGUAUGGAUUGUCAUUGUAGUUUUACUCACUGUUCAGGUGCUGCUUGAUCUCAGUACAAUGAAAAUUGUAUGUGCGUAAAUGUGGUUCCAUGUAUUUUGCAAGAUUGACUAUCAUCUGUAUGUAAAACCUAAAGUAACCUUUUAUUGAUGUUAAUUGAAAAUGUCUUACCACACUGUAUCAACCCUGCUUGCAAAAUAUUCCUCUUAAAGCGGUUGUUUUCUCCAAAAAAAAAAAAAAAAAAUUGUGCCUGG